CUUUGGAGUGCUCAUGCUGGUCGUGUUUACACGACGCCUACCAUUUGUGGAGGCUGAUGAUUCGGGUCAGCUGGUCACAAAAUGGGCGUCGGACUGCCUCUCCUCGGGGGACUUGGACAGCCUCAAGCACCCCACCAUGGACGCCCGUGCAGAUGCUGUGAUGCGUGUGGCUCAGCUCGCCCUCUCCUGCACCGCAGAGCGCACUGCAGCCCGCCCAAGCAUGGCACAUGUCGCCAACGAGCUGCAUGCUAUCCGCGAGGAGGUGGUGGGGAAAGAGGAGCUGAGCGCGGCAGUAAAGGUGGAUGUGCAGGUCAAGGAGAAGGAGGCUGUAGCCAGUGCGUUAAGCCUCGACGAACAGCUUCAAUUUCUUGAUGGCAACUUGGCUGAAGGAAAAAAUAUGUUUAGUAUUGACAAGUAG